AUGAGUUCCACUUGGAGAAAUCGUAGAAAGCCUAAAGUAAUUGGAAAUGACCACGAUGAACUAGACACAGGCAGGUCCUCAAAUAAACGCCCGAAAAUUUCCAAGUCCAAACCGAGACUCAAUCUAAUCUCCCAAUUUGACGAAGAGACCUCAAAGGCAACUGGUGGCAAUGAAAGUGAAGUGGUGAUCACGAAAAAACACGGCCUUGGUCGCAAAAUUCUGGAUCAAAAUGCCUCGGUCAGAGUCGACCAGGAGCAGGAUCGACCGAGCUAUACGAACGAAUAUCUCAAAGAGCUUGAAGAAUCGACACUCUCAACUCCAAAACGUGCUCCGGAUAUUUCAACUCGUACCGACGAAAAUGACGAUAUGGCCAUAGACGUGGCAUCUACAUUUGGGCAACCCGUCCAGCUAUCAGCCCCGUCAGUCAUUCCAUCCGAGGCGGAAAUCCGUGAAAAGAAAGCCCGAAGGGCCAGACUCGCUUUAGAACAAAAUUCCAAGCAAGAGGACUAUAUUUCACUGAAUGAUGCUGGCGAAGAAUACAAUGAGAAUGAAAAGUGGGAUCUCGCUGUACGAAGCGAGCCCCUCCCAAAUAGCCGACUCGUCCACGAUGACGAAGAUUUCGCCGAAGGAUUUGAUGAAUUUGUUCAGGAUGGGGCUAUCGCACUUGGCAAGAAAGCCGAGCGCGAGCAGUCCAAAAAGGAACGCCAAGCAAUGCGAGAACUCAUUGAGGAGCAAGAUAGUGAUGGAGUUGACUCCGACUUCGAAGAGAAGGCGGCUUACGACGCUGCCCAGGCUCGGGCUGGUCGGUACAACGAGGCGCCUGGCGUCAUCAUGAAGGUUGAAGAAGGGCUGCCACCGCUUGUGGACAUCCCCCCUUUCUCAGAAUGGCUUAAAUCGACGCGUGCAAAAGAGGCACAGGAAAAGAAAGAACAAACUGACCUACGCCGCAAAAGGAUGGACCUUGGUAAAACAGAUACAGAGAAUGUCAAUGCAAUUUCAGAAAUUGUGGAUCGCAUGACCGACACCCAGAUUGACUUCACGCGACUCUUCCAAUUUCAGGAUGGCUUAUCGUGUCAAUCUGUGCUCAAAGAUCAUAUGGCGCGUCACCCGGAGCGUUUUCCGGAAGAACUUCGCACGGCCCUUCGGAAAGCAUCGAAAGGAUACAUGGAUGUUUCGAGGGAGAAUUCGGAGUGUGGUGAUGGCGAUGAGGUUUACCAGAAACAAUUAAUGGAGCAUCAAAUUUCAGAGUUUGGUGGGGGUGAGGCUGAGAAGAGUGACUAG